AUGGAUAUUGCAAUCCAGCAUCCCUGGUUCAGACGUGCCCUAGGCUCCAUCUACCCUGCCCGGCUCUUUGACCAGUUUUUUGGGGAGGGCAUGUUUGAUUAUGACCUGUUCCCCUACACUGCCUCCACCAUCAGCCCCUAUUACAGACAGUCGAUGUUCCGCGGCUUCCUGGAUUCCAACAACUCUGGCAUCUCUGAGGUGAGGUCUGACAGGGAGAAGUUCACAGUCUACCUGGAUGUCAAGCACUUUUCUCCUGAUGAGCUCAGUGUUAAAGUCACUGAAGACUAUGUGGAGAUCCAGGGCAAGCAUGGCGAGAGACAGGAUGAUCACGGUUACAUCUCUCGAGAGUUUCAUCGCCGCUACCGUCUCCCCUCCAGUGUUGACCAAUCAGCAAUCACCUGCACUCUGUCUGCUGAUGGCCUCUUGAACCUGAGUGGCCCAAAGUUCAUAGGCGGAGGAGACUCUGGCCACAGCGAGCGCAGCAUCCCUGUCACCCGUGAUGAUAAACCCAACGCCGCAGCCUCUUCCUAG